AUGAACCCCUACAUCAGCUGGGCAAUCCUGCUCGUCGUGGCCGGCAGCCUCGGCUGGUACUACACCAAUGGCAACGGCACAACACCCAAGGCCAACGUGAUUAGAUCUGCGGUGGAGAAGACCGAAGCCACAGUAGCACCUAAGAAAUCGAAGCGCAAGUCUAAGCCUGCCCCCGAGCCAACUGCUGCCAAGAAGUCUGAGGUGAAGACCGUUGUCUCGCCUGCCACCACCGAGGAUGAAAAGCCCGACGAGGAGAUUGAUCGCAAGGAGAUGGCCCGUCGCAUGGCCGGCCUCAAGACCAAUGCCCCUGCUCAGCCUGCCCCUACCAAGAGCCAGAAGAAGAACAAGAAGAAGGCUGCUCAGCUCUCGGCCAGCGACACUCGUGCCUCCUCCACCACUGGUGCCGAGGCUGACGAUGAUCUGUCCCCCGCCGCCUCUCCCUCCGUGAACGCCACCGUCCCCUCCGCCGGAUACAUCUCCGAUAUGCUGGAGGCCCCCGCCCCGGCUGCAUCUGUGCUUCGCGUUACUGGCAACGUUGAGAGUCAGCCCAAGAAGCAGAAGGCCCAGACCUUCAAGGAGGUGGAGACCAAGAAGCAGCGUCAGCAGCGUCUCAAGAACGAGGCCCGCAAGCAACAGGUUCAGGAAGCUGAGAUCGAGCGCAAGAGGCUCCUGGAGAAGCAGCUGCACACCGCCCGCGAGGCUGAGCGUCGCGAGGCUGCUCGGCACACCCCGCCCGCCGCCAAUGCCUGGAAGGAAACCUCUGCGGCGAAGACCCCCGUGGUCAAUGGUGGAUCUCGCUCCGCUGCCGCCGUCGCAGCCGCCCCUGCCACUUCCGCCGCCUCGGAUCUUCUGGACACCUUCGAGGCCCCUGCUCCUACUAAGUGGGCUCAGAACCUUCCUUCGGAGGAGGAGCAGAUGCGCCUCCUGGGAGCUAGCAAGGGAGAUGAUGAAUGGACCACUGUCUCGAAGAAGCAGCCCAAGAAGAAGGGUGGCAAGACUGACGAGAGUGUCAGCGAGACCAGUGCCUCCGAGAACCAGUCCACUCCUGCGGCUCCUCUUCCUGUUGAGCCACGCGUGACAGUGACCCCGACCUAUCUGCCAGACAUCUUGCGGUCGCGCGAGAAGGGUCACCCUCUGGACUCUGACUGGGCUGCCUGA